AUUUGUUUCACGUCUUUGUUUUCAACACCUAAAGUCUCACACAUUGAAUGAAAAUGUAAUUGUAAAACAGUAAACAACCAAGAGAACGAACCGUAAAAGCUAUUGUAACCUUGACAAAAAAACAAAAAAAAAACUAUUGUAACUAAUCAAAAAGAAGAAGAGAGGAGUGUGAUAAAAAAAAACCGAGAGAGAUGACAGAGAAGAAAGAAGUAGUGAAGCUGUUAGGGUUCUGGGCAAGCCCUUUCACAACUCGGGUCGAGAUGGCUCUCAAAAUCAAAGGCGUACCUUAUGAAUACUUGGAGGAAGACUUGCCCAACAAGACACCUUUGCUUCUUGAGCUAAACCCAAUUCACAAGAAGGUUCCGGUUCUUGUCCACAAUGAUAAAAUAAUACUCGAGUCACGUGUGAUCCUCGAAUACAUCGACCAAACCUGGAAGAGGAAUCCAAUCCUACCUCAAGAUCCAUACAAGAAAGCCACGGCUCGAUUCUUGGCCAAGUUUGUGGAUGAGCAGUUCCUAACAGUAGGGUUUAUAUCCCUGGUAAAAGCAGAGAAUGGAAGAGAGGUUGCUAUGGAGGAGACUCGAGAACUGAUCAUGUUCCUUGAGAAAGAAGUUACCGGAAAAGAUUUCUUUGGUGGCGAGAUGGUCGGAUUCUUGGACAUAGUUGCAGGAAGUAUGACGUUUUGUCUAGUUCCAGGCUGGGAAGGUAUGGGCAUUGAUAUGAUUCCAGAGGAGAAGUUUCCAGAGUUAAACAGAUGGAUCAAGAAUUUGAAGACAGUUGAGGCUGUGAGGGGAUGUAUUCGUCCAACAGAUAAACAAAUUGAGCACAUGAACAAAUUUGCAGAGAAAAUUAAAUCUGCCUAAGUUAAAGACAACAUCAUACUAUUGGUCCAACAAAUAUUUACGAUAUGUUUGUAUGGUUUUAUUAUUGGAAGUUUUGAAAUAAAGAUGGAAUUUCCGUAUUGGGU